UCCUAUUUUCUGCAGAAUAGAAAAACAUGGCAUCGCUCAAAGAAAUCGUGAUAAUGUACCAGAGUUUGAAAAGAGAAUGGGACAAGAAGCCACCGAACUUAGAUAGAUGCGGAGAAUUUCUGACAAAAUUGAAGAUCGCACUAACGGGAGUCACAUUUUUGCCAACAAAUGAGAGUUCCCCAUCAAAACAAGAACUUCUGGUGGCAAGAGAUAUUCUGGAGAUUGGUGCACAGUGGGCAAUUGCAAAACGAGACAUCCCAGUUUUUGAGCGAUACAUGGCCCAGUUAAAGUCUUACUACAUGGACUACAAAGACAACCUCCCUGAAUCUACUUAUAAAUACCAGUUACUGGGCCUGAAUCUCCUCUGUCUAUUGGCACAGAACAGAUUGGCAGAGUUUCACACUGAACUAGAACUUUUACCAGUUAAAGAAUUACAAAAUAACAUUUACAUAAAACAUCCUGUUUCCAUGGAGCAAUACUUGAUGGAAGGCAGUUACAACAAGGUUUUUCUUGCAAAAGGAAAUGUUCCAGCAGAAAAUUAUAACUUUUUUAUUGAUAUUCUAUUAGAUACAAUAAGAAAUGAGAUUGCGAGUUGUAUAGAGAAGGCUUAUGAAAAGAUAGCACUUAAUGAAGCAGCUAGAAUGCUGUUUUUUGAAAAUGCAAAACCUAUGAAAGACUACGCUGUUCAGAGAGGAUGGACCCUGCCUCCAGAUGGGUUCUUCCAUUUUCAGCACGAGAAGAAAGAUACUGAUGAAGUGAUUCCAGCCAAGCAGUUAGCCGAACAGACCAUAGAGUAUGCCAGAGAACUAGAAAUGAUUGUGUAGUAUUCCGACAUCUUUAAUAUUGAUUUCAUGGACAUUAAUAGCUGCAGAUAUGAUUCUUUUUCAAUGACUGUGAUAAGAAUGCGAAAGAAUCAAUUCUCUUGCAAAUGUACUUGUAAAAUGAUACAUAAAUGAUACAUGUACAUUUGUAA